CUGCACUGUCUCACGGUCGCAUCUAACUGAUAAGUCUUGCGCUGCAGCCUGUCUUCCCCAGGGCUCUGGAGUGGUGGCUCGGCCUCCUGACCUCUACACGUUGCUGUGCAGCGCUGUGAGUACGAAUGGAAGUCUUUUUAUCUCUUCUGCCGCUGCUGGAUCCUGAGCGACUGCCCUAUCCUGCGCCGCUGGAGGAGAAAUUGCAGCUGACACAGGAAGCACCACUGUACAGAGAAAAAACAUCAUAUACCGAAAAAGGAGAAAAGCAUGAACAAGGACGAUUUCUCAGCUUUCACUCCAUUACACUGUGGGUGAGCAAUGCAAAACAGGCUGCCUCUUUUUACUGCAAUAAAAUGGGAUUUGAACCAUUGGCAUACAAGGGUCUGGAGACUGGUAGCAGAGAGCUAGUUACACAUGUGGUGAAACAAGACAAGAUAAUAUUCCUCUUUGUAUCGGCACUUACUCCAGGAAAUGAAGAAUUUGGAGCCCAUUUACAGAAACAUGGUGAUGGUGUGAAAGACGUAGCAUUUGAAGUUGAAGAUUGUGACUUUCUAGUUAAGAAAGCCAAAGAAAGGGGGGCAAUAAUAGUAAAGGAGCCAUGGAUUGAAGAAGAUAAAUAUGGAAAAGUAAAAUUUGCAGUCAUUCAGACGUAUGGAGAUACAACACACACACUGGUAGAGAAACUGGAUUACAAUGGCAUCUUCUUACCAGGAUUUCAGCCUCCAUUAUUUGUGGAUCCUCUGCUCCAAAAGCUGCCCAGCUGCAAACUGAAUUUCAUUGACCAUGUGGUGGGAAAUCAGCCUGAUAAUGAAAUGGUCCCAGUUGUUGACUGGUACCAGACAAAUCUCUUGUUUCACCGGUUUUGGUCUGUAGAUGACAAACAACUUCACACAGAGUUCAGUGCGCUCCGCUCUAUUGUAGUUGCCAAUUAUGAGGAGACCAUCAAGAUGCCUAUAAAUGAACCAGCAUCAGGAAAGAGGAAAUCCCAGAUCCAGGAAUAUGUUGAAUAUUAUGGUGGCCCUGGAGUUCAGCACAUUGCCCUAAACACAUCAGAUAUUAUAAGUGCGAUUACCAAUUUGAAAGAAAGGGGCAUGGAAUUUAUGUCCGUUCCAUCCACCUAUUAUCAGACACUGAGGGAACAAUUGCAAACAGCAAAAAUACAAGUAAAAGAAAACCUUGACAAAUUAGAGGAGCUGAAGAUCUUGGUGGAUUUUGAUGAAAACGGCUAUUUGCUGCAGAUUUUUACUAAACCAGUCCAAGACAGGCCAACAUUGUUUCUUGAAGUCAUUCAACGUCAUAAUCAUCAGGGAUUUGGUGCUGGAAAUUUCAAGUCACUGUUUGAAGCUAUUGAACAGGAUCAGGAAGCACGAGGAAACCUCACUGUUCUCACUCCAAAUGGGGAAAUAGAAAGCCUAUAGUGUUCUGCAGAUUAUACAUGUGCCCGGCUACAGUAAAUGUUGAUGUUAAUAGAGUAUAUGGGGGGGGACAUGGCUAAACUAACUUUACUGGUCCAGCUUGGCUACAAUUUACAAUCAACUGACCUUACUAAGAUUUUUUUAUGGGCAUUGCAUGAAUUAAAGAUCAUAUUGUAAAUGUAUAUCAUUAUGUAAAUUAUAUCACAUUAUGAGGUUGUACAAACCCCCAGAUAAUAGAACCCUUUAUUACAGAUGUUUCCACAGCCAGUGAGCCAUUUUAGACUUCAUGAAGCAAUAGACAACAUGGCCAAAAAUCAUGAACAGCUUAAAUGAACAGACAAAUUGAAAGAAAAAAAAAAUGCCAUUUCUUCUGACCCUUCCCAUUCAAGCGCAGGCUCAGCAUGUGAUCUCAAUAGAAAAAGGGGAUUAAACCAUUACUAUACACCUCUGGUUGUGUCUUAUCUCACUUAAAGAGGUACUCUGCUCCUCAGCAUUCAGAACACAAUGUUCCAAACGCUUAGAGCAGGUUCCGGGGCAACACCCCCUCCCAUAGACGACUUGCACUGAGGGGGCGGGGCCUUGACGUUACGAGCCCCCGACACCGGCUCUAUUUUGUUCCGAACGCUGAGCAGCAAAGUACCCCUUUAAGGACUUGUAAAAGUGCCACCUGCCUAAUCCUUCUCUGCCUAAACACGUUUCAUUACCAUACAUAUGAAAUCAGGUUUGGCUGCCAUUUGUCUGACGUGUAUGGUGGACAAUUAAAUUCUUAGGCUGGGUUUACACAUAGUAUUUUGGUCACUAUUUUAGUCAAAACAGGAAGUUGAACCAACAGAAAAGGAAAAAACUAUAAUGAACCAUUUUGGACCCACCCCUGGUUUGGGCUAAAAAUACAUUGGACCAGCCUUAAAAGGUUUCUAUUCUUUUCUACAGCUAUAAAUUACACUUUUUUUUUUGUUUUGAAAAAUUGUACAGCCAUGUCUUUGUUCACACUAGGACUUCUCUCUACAUUACUGAUGCUCUUUCAUUACAAAAACAAUUAAUUUCAACUUCCUUUUUCUAUUGUUGGCUACAUUAUUCUAACUAGUAAAAUAAAUCAAAUAAUUGGAAACCUGACGUGCUCUGUUAU